AUAACAACACACUGUGAACUCCCACUUCUCACAGAGACAAAAGCCCAUUUCACCAGCUUCGCCAUUUUUGUGUAACCCCCAAGAAAAGAGGAAUACAGAUCAUCCUCAUAAUAAUAUUAAGAAUAAUAAAGAAUAUAGACUUACAGAUAUAUAUAGAAGCUAAAAGAAGCAGAAGUAAAGGAAAAGUGGUGAAGAGUGGUGGUAUUGAUAAAAAUGGGGAGGGGAAGAGUGGAGCUCAAGAGAAUAGAGAACAAGAUCAACCGCCAAGUAACUUUUUCAAAGAGGAGAAAUGGUUUGCUCAAAAAAGCCUAUGAGCUCUCUGUGCUUUGUGAUGCUGAGGUUGCGCUUAUCAUCUUCUCUAGUCGAGGCAAGCUGUAUGAGUUUUCAAGUGCUGGUAUGACCCAAACCCUUGAGCGAUACCAACGAAGCAGCUAUACUCCUCAUGACAACCCCAUCAAACAGGAAACAGAGUGCUGGUAUGAAGAAGUCUCAAAACUGAGAGCUAAACAUGACUCACUUCUGCGCACUCAAAGGCAUUUGCUUGGGGAAGACCUUGGACCACUGAGUGUGAAGGAGUUGCAAAAUCUUGAAAAACAGCUUGAAGGAGCUCUUACACUAGCCAGACAAAGGAAGACACAGAUUAUGAUUGAACAAUUGGAGCACCUGCGCAAAAAGGAGCGACAGCUUGGAGACCUUAACCUGCAGCUUAGGGAUAAGCUUCAGAAGGAGGGAGAAAAUCUCAAAGCCAUUCAAGACUUCUGGAGCUCUAAUACUGUACAAGCUGGGAAUAACAACUUCUUGCAUUCUUCUCAAGCCGGUCACAUUGAUCCCCCACCCGAACCCAUCUUGCAAAUCGGGUACCAGCACUAUGUGGCUGCUGAAUCCGCAUAUGUUCCAAAGACCAUGGCCAUGGCUGCCGAGACCAACUUCAUCCAGGGAUGGGUGCUUUGAGCACACUAUAGCUAUAGCUAGUACUCUAGCUAGCUUUCAUUCAGUACUCUUCAAUAUAAAUAAACAAAAUACUUUAUUAUCAGGAUUUGCAACUAAGCUUAGCAUAUAAGAUGUUUUGUACUGGAAACUGCAUACUGAUGUCCAUCAUAUUUACAUACUCUUGAAAUUAUGGAUGACAAGACCGUGAUGUUUAAACUUGUUCUUCAGCACUUGCUCGAUCGAAUGCCAUUUCUG